CUGGUACCUCAUCAAACAUUUCGUAAAAUCCAGAAAGUCCCUGGAAAGAAGAAGCAGCAGCUGAAAUUCACAAUCGGCUGCGCACCAAGGGUUAUCGAUGAAGAUAUCGUCAGCUUCCAUUCAUUUGAGGGUUACUUGAAAGAGCGUAUAAAAGUUAACGGGAAGUUGAAUAACUUCGGAAAAGAUGUGCAUGUGGAACGUGACGACAAUACUAUCAUCGUGACAUCGAAUGUUCCCUUUUCCAAACGGUAUGAGUGGUAUCUCCAAUCGAUUUUUUUU